AUUUACAAGGCGGGAGUUCGGACCCCCUGCUCGUCCCAUCACUCAGUCGAGUCUCGCGAGAACAGUCGAGCGGUCCUUACGUGUUUUAUGCGCGUGCUCGCGGGGCCUUUGUUCAUUGCUAAACCGUAUAUUUUUUUGUUAAGUCGUUCCGCCUCGGUAGAGCGUGUAUAAACUUGAUUUAUUGUCAUAACUAAUCUCGAUACUGGCGAUGGAAACGAGCCGUUGAGCUGUCCGCAACCAUAAUUGAGAACAAGAACAACCUUCCAAGUCUGACGUUUAGGAAAAUAUAAUAGCAGUAGCAAUAUUAAAAUAUAUUGCGCAUAAUAUGUGUACCGCCUAUGACUUAUCUUAGCUCCUGACACUUACAAUAACGAUAAUUAAUAACGUUACUCAAAUUUGGAAACGACAGGUCGAACAUGAUGGAUCCUAGCACAUUAAUGACAAAUGAGAAUUUAUUUAAAUUGCAAUGUUUAAUUAAAACCACUGAGAUAGAGCAUAGUGUGCAAUGCAAACUCGGAAGGAAAUUGUUUUUAGCUCUGGCAACUAACAAUUCUGACAUUAUUCUCUAUUUGAAAAGAGAACCUUCUUGUUUACCUGUGAUUAAAAGGAUACCUUGGUUUCAAGCACCGCAUAAACAAAUUGCUGCUUUUUGUUUUGAUCCAUGCGGUGCUUGGUUAUUGUGUGUAACAUUAGAUGGUUCCUUGUAUAUAAUUCCUGCCUUAGCUCUAGUUGGAGAGAGUCAAGCUAUCGACAAGAAAUGGAAAACCGACGAUGUGACUUAUAUCCCUUUUAUAAAUUCUCAACUUUCUCAUCUCAGACCAACCACUAUUAUAUGGUGGAAGGAUUCAAAAAUGUCUGUCGACAUAGGUAUCAUAGGAACCGAGUGUGGAGCAAUUAUACUUAUAAAUCUCUCCAAUGGUCAACAAGCAGGUAUAACGUACAUCAGUGGAAGUAUUAACAGUUUACAAGUCUGCCAAAGUGAAAGCAAUGAGGGCACGUCUCUCUUGAUAACUAAUAAACUUCAGCAACAGUGGCGUUUGAUUUUGGAACAAUACACGUAUAAUUUUUUACGCAAUACUGAAAACAAGGAGUCUCAUAGUGAUGUGAAUUUAAAUGGCACUAUUUAUGAUAACGUAGAAGUCUCUAUUCCUAAUAAGUCUAAGUUACAAGAACUCAAGCAGCUUUCUGUCGAAAAGUUGGCGAUUCUCAAGCAGAAGUUGAUUGAAACUAAAAAUCAAACGUUGAAAGAGAAUAGUUUACAAUCUCAUGAUAGUACGAAUAAAUUAAAUGGUAGUGGAAUUUCCGCUAAUGCAGAAACAUCGUCAGAAUCUAAGUUAGGUCUUAUUGGUCCAGAACCGAUACUGAAAGAUACUUUUCUCUCUUUGCAAUAUGACAGAGAAGGUCGGCAAUUGUAUACAUGUUACCAUCCUAUUACCAGUCAUAUCACAGUACAUGGUCCAGAUUUAGCAGUGGUACCUUUAUCGAUACACAAAGUAUUCGAUUGCGAAACCGUUCUACUAGCGCACAAAUUCUUUUUUGUUACUGAUAUUAGUCAACAUGUGAUAUACAUAAUAUCCGACCAAUUGUCUGAGAUUCAUAUAAAUGGAGACAGCGAAUUUAAUUCCGAGUCUGUAAUCGGAGUUUUUUCAUUUAAGAGCAGCAAAGAAGUAAUACGCGCGGUAUAUAAAGUAACAAAGUUUAACAAUGUGAUAUCGAAAAAAGUCUUUCAAGAAAUUGAGAGUAAAUGUACUUUAACGAAGAAUGUAAAGGACGCCAAUGUAGAAAUACCCACUCUGGAUGCCUGCAUAAUUGUUACGAAUCGUUGCGUAUACGAAGUUAUUUUAAGGAAAUCGUUCCUGUCGGUUUUCAUGGAGCUGGUAUUGAAGAAAAAUGAACUGGAGAAAGCAGGAAAAUUAGCAACAAUUUUUGGACUAAACGGACAACACUUUUUGGAGUAUGCCGGCGAUAUGUUUCUGUCGAAUAAAGAAUUCUCACGUGCAGUAGCCUCUUACAAAAUUUCCAAGUGUAAAUUAUUGAAGAGUGUAUUAAAGUUCGCGUCAGUUGGUCAUACCUCAGAACUAUUGAGUUGCCUUACUCACUGCUUAUUAACACCAGCCAUUAUCGAGAUGCAUAUCGCCACAAGGAUACAUCUGUCCAAUUUAUGUGUGCUCGCCUUUAUCGAAAUGACUCUAAGGGUUUGGUCCGAGCAAUCUAAAGCAAUUUAUAAAGAGUUUUUAUACUUUUUAUCUACGAAUACGUUUUAUGACGAAUUGUUGGCUAUCAAUAUAGCUGGUCAAACUUAUCUCUGGGAAGUGUUGCAUCAUUUAGCUACGCAGAGGAGUCUGUACGGCCAGAUGUUGGAUAUUCUUAUGAAGGCGGUGCAAACGUUUGGCAUAAACGACUUUCAUCCAAAAUCAUAUGGCUUGCUCAUAUGUUUAAGUGAAUCUGGUCUGAUGCAAGCGAUGUUAUUGAACCACGAUUUAACUAGGUCCCAUAUGUUAUUCAUACGCAAUAGCCUGCGGGACUCGCAAAUUUUUGUGCUUCAGAGAUUAGUAACACUGUACGAUCCAACGAAUCCAGUAUUACGAGCUAUGCUAAUGAAGUGUAAGGAACGCCAUAAAGUGACAUCUCAUAGUCGACGAUCUAGUCAGUGUGAUCCUAUAGACGUUACGGAUAUUAUUGAUCAGUCGAAUACGCUUAUAGAGGAGAUAAUAGAAACGUUUAUAUUAGUCCUAUUGACACUUAUUCAUAAGAAACGGGUAUUAAAUCCGAGCUGCAAACCUAUCUUUCUGUAUGAUAAGCAAUUACCAGAAAUAAGCAAGGGACACUUGGAGAUGACUCCGCAUGUUAACUUUAAAAAGAGAGUACUGAGCACUGGAUUUUCUCACGUUGCUCUCAUUAGGAACGCUAAUGUCUACACUUGGGGUAGUUCGGUGCAAGGUUGCUUAGGUAUUGGCCCGUGCGUGCUGCGGUACGGCGCACCUCACGCUUUGUGCUUUUUCCGGAGCAUGGAAAUACAAGUGUUUAGUGUAUCGUGCGGACACUGUCACACUUUAGCGGUCACCAACAAUGGGAUAUACUCUUGGGGGGCCAGUCAGUUCGGGCAGUUGGGUCUCGGCAAGGUGUUGCAGUGUUCGAGUCCAGAAUUGGUCACUUCACUGGCACAAGAGAUAAUCGUCGACGCUGUGGCCGGGCAGUAUCAUUCGAUAGCACUGACUGCGGAUGGUAGAGUGUUCACGUGGGGCUGGGGCGUCCACGGCCAAUUGGGCCAUGGUAGUACCGACGAGAAAAGUAUACCGACUUUGGUCACGUCUCUGCUCGGCGUCGUGGUUUGUCACAUCAGCGCCGGUUAUGCACACACCUUGGCAUUGUCCGUGGACGGCGUGGUGUACGCUUUCGGAUGUAACGUACUGGGCCAAUUAGGAAUAGGUAGUAACAACAAAAGCUCGAUCCCGAUGAAGGUAUCGUUGCCGGAAGGAAUCAGGCUCAUCAGUACCGGAUACUUUCACAAUCUAGUUGUCAGUAAUACGAACAAGUUGUACACAUGGGGUGCAAGUCCCCAAGCUCUCAGAUUACAAGCGCAAGCGCAAAAGAAGAGUCGCAUACUGGAGCAACAAGACGCUGGUGAGAAAAGGAACAAGGCUUCGGACCACUCGGAGAAAAUGCCAAACAGCAGCCUGAAUCUAGAUGAAGAGGUGAAGGAGUUCCUGGAAGAUGACGUACAAACCAAGCCGGCACAAACAGAAGCGAUUACUUCCGACGCAGAGAUACGAAGGAAAUUGUCCGAAAACGCAAAUUUGAGGAAUCUAAACAUCGGUUUCAUCGAAGAGGAUCAAACACACCUAACGCCAUCCGUAGUGGAUACAAGCCUGGUGAAGGGUCAAAUUGCUCAGAUAUCAGCUGGCUGUCAUCACAACGCACUGAUAACUAAAGAUGGCUUUUUGUAUACAUGGGGCCGUAAUUUUGACGGCCAAAUAGGUAACGGUAUGAGACGGGACGUGUCAAUUCCGACGCCUUUGUAUUAUAAUUCAGCCUGUAUCUUUGCACAAAUACCUCCUAGGCACAAUGAUUUUAAGAGAGUGCAAAAUCGGCAGGACUUGGACAAUAGUGCUAAGUCGAACGAUUCGUCAAAUAAUGGGAACGUGUCUGAGACGAAUGGCAAUGUCUCUGACGCGUCCAAGUCGACAAAUACGGAACACGCUGCUCCGAAUAGAGAGAGAAUCAAUCCCGUCAUUAACACCGUUGCGAUCGCCUGCGGAUACGAUUAUACGGUCGCGAUACAACCAGGAGGUACGGUGCUAGCUUGGGGUAACAACAGCAGAGCGCAAUUGGGCCGUAUCCCUGCGAGAGAGACUCGCGAAACCGACGAGAAGCUCGUGCUGCUGAAAUCGUCGAAGCGAGUGGUGCGACUUCCCCAUACGAUGCACGUGGUUCUGGACGUUCCCAGUCAAGUACCCGGCAUCUCGACCCCAGUGAUAUCCUACCAAACCCACGAUACGUCUCCUCUCGCCGGAUUCGUUUGUCCUUUGAGCGUGAUCGAGAAAACGCCGGGGGAACUGACGCUCCAUUAUGUUCUCGAACAGUUCUACGGCUUGUAUUGCUCCACCAGUGUCAUGGAAAAGUGCAUCGAGUUGGAGAAUUAUCAAGCUUGUUCUAAAAUAGCUGCGUUAGACGGCAAUAUCCUGCCCGCAUUUAAUUACCAAUUGAAAAUGUUGCAUAAAUUGAGUCUUCAGUCGUCCGCGAAUUAUUUAACGAUGGAAACGCAACAACACGAGACAACGACGACGGAGCCCGCAGGCAGGAUCACGGGACGAAACGCGGACGCAACGAGGGAUUCCGUGUCGUCCCGCAACAUCAAGAAGAAUACUGAAUUGUUCAACAAACAAGCGGAGAAGAAUCUCAUGGAAUCCUUGGAGGAUAGCAUGGCGAAAAGCUGGGCGAAGAUUCCCACGAGCAGGUCGUUGAAUAAUCUGCAGACGCUCGCGCAAGAGUUGUACACUUUCGACUGUCAAGGGGGCUUAGAGGAAUUGUGCAGAAAUCAGAGAAACGAGGACCCGUCGGCGAUCGUAAACGCGGAUUAUUCUGACGUCGAAUCAAACGUGAACGAAAACGAGCAGCAAGAGUGGAUCGAGAAUUUUAUAUUUAACGAGAACGAUCUGCUGCCGCAGUGUAAGAACGAUGCACACAGCUCAGCGCAAAGUCUAACUCGCACGGACACGAUGUCAAGUGUGAAUAACAAUCAACCAUCAGGUCAGCGCGACAAUGCGUAUAAAGAGAGGACCGUGCUUUCUGACAGAGCGUCGUCGCGUUCGCAGAGGAAUUACGUCAUCAAUGAGACUAUCAAGGCGCUCAAGUUUUACCUGAGCAACAUCGGCAGUGAAGCGAAUACUACCAAGUGCGAGUUGCUGCAGAGCGCCAUUGAUUUCUGGGUCGAGCACAAUUUACCGAUGCAGAGUUUGGAGAACAUUUUCCUCGAACACUUACAUAUUAUUUAUUACCCGCUUGGAUUGCUACUGUUUUGUCAAAAUGCGAUAGGAAGAUACCUGGACGCAAAUAAGUACAGCAACAUGGAGGACAAGAGUUUCUGCGUGGUCGAUUUGUUUUCAGUGAAGUUCUGCCUUCAAGUACUGUCCUUGUUGUUACAGCAUAUAGAUCAAGACGAGAUCAUGCCCGAAUACAUCAAAAUUUUCUCCUGUCUAAUGGCCGACAAUUAUGGCGCACCUUUGAACGGAUAUCCGGGGGCGAGCGGAAAUAAUAGCCCGGAGCAGAUGAUGGAGGGGAUUAUCAAUACGAUAUUUUCUGAAAUGGAGGAUUCUAGAUUGUUCGCGCAUAUUAAGGACUCGGAUGCUGUGCAUCGUUUGCUCAUGACAGAGGAGGAUAGUAUGAUAUUCACUUGUGGACAUCACUUCCCGAUGUCUGUUUACAACACAGAGAUAAUCUCGACAAUGGAGACCGAACUGCUGACGUCCCCGUCGUUGGUUCUUCCAUGUACGUCGCAAUACUUAGGGAAUAUGUAUUCUCGCACUUCCACACCGGAGAUUCUGUGCCCGUUGUGCAUAGUCAGGGCAUUGAGAGCAACGGUGAAGAAGAAUUAGAGCAGUGAAAGUAUUCGAAGUAUUACAGCCGCGUAUCUCUAUCAGUAAGAGAGAGAGAGAGAGAGAGAGUUUCCUUGGAUAAAAUUAUAUAUAUAUAUAUAUAUAUAUAUAAUUAUAUAUAUAUAUAAAUAUAUAUAUAUAUAUACCAAAGAUGACCAAUGCACUUCUAAAUAGUUUCAUAAUUAUAUCGAUAUUUAUUCGACACGUUGACUGCCACGUUGAUUCUCAUUGAUUAUCCCAAAGCUUAAGCCCGUUGCAUUGGUGUUUUUAUUCGAUGAACUCGUAGGAUGUAGACAUCUAAGUUCACAUUCGAAGAAAACGAAAGUACAUCACAAUUCUAUUUACAUUUAGGACUUUAGCCGGAUGGCUACUUUGUGAGAUCAAGAUAACGUUUUAUCCCUUGAGUUUUUAUAUCUCAAGUAAUGCACAAUGGACUGUUUUGUGUCUGUCUUGAAUUAAAAAGUUGUUCUGUUUGUGAUUGAUGACAAAUUGCUCUAUAUAAUAAAGAAAAUAAUAACUUAGACAAAGCUUUAGGAGUAGACGUAGGAUGUAGAACAUUGUUUUAAACGUUACAAGUCAACCAUUCUCCUAAGCAUUUUGCUAAGACUCUUGCUCUACACGAUCUCGCACAAUUUCUUUUUUCUUGAUGAUUUCGCUAUUGCAAAAUAACAAGAUUAAUGCCUUUUUCCAUCCAUCGUCGAUUAAACCUUAACUUCAAGUUCUUCGAAUCUUUGUCCGAUAAAAGCUUAAACUUGAAUUCAAGUUUAAUCGACGUUGAUAGAAACGAGCACAAGUCAAGUUUGUGAUUAAUAACGCGCAUGUUUGGCUCGCAGAAACGCAACCGUCUAGGAGACACAUUAUUGCAACGCAAUAGGUCAACACAUUCGUCGAUGUAGCAUAUAAAGCGCAAUGACUAUAUCAGUGGUCGCGAACGCAUUGACUAAAAUUUAAGCAAUCAUAAAUGCGGUGAAAAAUGCAAUUUACAGUGCAUAUAUUCGUUAGCUCGUUUUAUUGGCUCUCUGUUGACUGUAUAUUUAAUUUGUCGUAUGUAAGAAAGUUACAUCUAAUAUAUAAGUUAAUGAGACGCGGCAAUGUAGUGCCGAUCGUGUCGGUGACCUCCAUGACAGUCACAUGUUAACGAUGUUAAAAAAAAUUUUAAAGAUAUAGGAAAAUUAUUAGACAAAUAUCUCACUGUGCUAGAGAAUAGUAGUUACCUUAUUUGACACUGUAACACACUGUGAUUGACAUUGUCUCUUCCUCGAGCAUGAACUUACCCUUAAGGAAAAUGAUGAGGGAUGUCAUAGAAAUAGAUUCAGAGUUUGUAUGAAUUUCAUUGCAUAGAAUGUAUUAAUUAAAUCAGACAAAUUUGCGCUAGUACAGAAAGAAUAUUUGUUUUUUUAGGGAGAAAAAGAGAGAGAGAGAGAAAAAAAGAAUGAGCGAAUGAACAAAUUGCGUUAUUUAUUAUACGUUCAAACUGAAUUUUCUCUUAAACGUUUGACAAAAUAACAAUGAGAUACAUGUAUACAUAUAUAUAUUCUCAUAUAUAUUUGUCUAAACUUUAUGGUGGUAGAAAUAGAAUCGUAUAUUCUCUACCGUUUCACGAUACAAUUUAAAGUAUUAGUUGAGGAAUGAAUUUUCUUUAUUGACGUGGACACUUACGUGUAUUAGUGCUGUAAAAAAGAAUAGAUUAUUUUUCGAACGUAUAAAAUAUGAAGUAUAAUAUUUAUGAAUCAGAUCUCUCUGUGAUACUCUCACGAUUAUAUUGAUUUGUUCUUCAUCUGUAAUUCAAUUCAACUUUUGCAACGAGAGAAUGUUCGUUCUAUACUUUUAGGCAAUUCUUUGUAAAUGCGAUUUUCGUAGCCAAUCACGUUGAUAGCUAAAUAUGCUUAGUAAAAAUGAGUAAUAAAAGUAUAUUGUUAUUUAUUUUAUGGUGUGUAUAAGAUUGUAUUAUUCAGGAAUACAUUAGAGUGUAUCCUUAUAUCAAACAUUUAUAGUUAAAUAAAAAAAAACUAAAUUGAAUAUGAACAAGAUAAAUUAUCAUGGAAAUUACA